AUGCAAGAGCUUGCAAGAGUUAUGCAAGAGUUUUGCAAAAGCCGGGAAACAGAGCAGGUUGCGAGCGGUUGCGUGCUGGUUCAUUUCAUUCUAGGUCCCAGAGCUGCCAGAGCCGCCAGAACUGCCGUCUGAGCUAAAAGCUCGAAGCUCUGGGAACGAGAAUGGAACUGGUUGAGUCGAUUAACGGAAGAGCGAGUUUUCCUGUUGCCUGCGAAAUCGAAGUAAACGAAGUCCCCAGGAUGACUAGUAUAAAUACAGAUGAAGAGGAUACAUUUCCAGUGCUUAAUCGAAGAUCGCCUUGCGUUCAUUCUAGCAGUCUUGUACGGUGCGAUUGCGACGAGGACUUCGAUGAUGAAGAUUCUCCACUCAUAUCGUACCAGAAUCAUUCUGAUGGAAGCGACAAUUAUCUAACGGACAUUCAUUGUCACGAAGCAAAGCCUAUCUAUUCAAACGCAAAAGCAAGGAGAAAACUAGUGGUUGCUAGCUUCGUUUGCCUUCUCUUUGUGAUCGCUGAAGUUGUAGGUAAGAUUUGUAGAUCAGAGUAAUUUGAUCAGUAGUCAACUACGGAGGUAUGAGACUGCAGGAAAGCCCAGCAUACUCUGAAUUUAAUUUUCUUCUCAUUGAACAAGCUUAACCAACGAAUAUCAAAACAGUGCAUUUCUUGUAUGCCUCAUUUGUUGAAGCUCAGAAUUAUUUUGCGCAAUAUCGCGCCUGAGAAAUAUUUCUCCACUGAAAAGCUGUUCCGAUAUUAAAACUUGCCCAGCCAAAUGUCUGAAAUGUCAGAUCAAGGUUAAAAAUAGAAGAGCACAUGGAAGCUUUUGCUCAUUUAAGUUUUGCAUAAUAAAUAUCAUCCAACGAGUGAUCGAAUUAAAAGGAAAAAUUCAGUAAUGUAAAAUUUGAUGCCUCUUGUAUGCUUUAGUGAUCGAACGUACAUGUGAUAAGCUUUACUUUUUCCUAGCUCUUUAUUGCUUCAUUUAUCGUAAACACGGCGAAUUUGUGUCAGGUUGCAAAGGAUCGUUUUGACAACCGGAAGAAAAUAAAUUGAUGUAUGUUGAUCUAUAUGUUAUCCAUUCUAUGUGUUAGACUUACGAUAAAAGUAAAGGUGGGGAUACCAGAGAGCUUCAAAGUAGGAUGGUACCCCCUAAAAAAAACUGGGUCGAGUCACCUUAAGCAAGAUGUCAACUUGGGUGUAAACUAGUCACAGGAGGUUGGGGAAUGUUAAGGGAACUUCCUUUUUCCCCACCCCAUAUGCUUGAGUCAAAUUUGCUGGAAGGCUUGAUUCAUUGAUUCAAGUCAUUCAACCGAGGGAUGGGGGGAGGGAGUGGUAGUUUCAGUUCUCACAUGAUUGACAGAUUUCAUAACUGGGGCGAUCUUGGAAAGCUGAAAAGAAGCAACACCCAAAGGCCAUUGCCAGCUCCCCUUCAUUCAACCAUUGUGUUCACACUGGGGGAGAGGGUACUUCCCAGUAAGAGGCUAAUGGGAUGUGCCGUUGGAUAGGGUUGCAUUUUCACAGCUGGAUUGACUAUGAUGAGGUUUCAUUUUCAUUAGAGUUUUCAGAAUGGGAUCACACAUUUUUGGAAUUUGGGGGAUAAGAAAAUUCAGGUAGGUACAGACUUAAGAAUUGGGAAGCAAGAAAGUUCGAGAAGACUGACUUUUCUUUUUCUCUAUUUGGAUCAUUUUUACUGCAUUGCCCAGGGCAAAGCCUUAAUCAUGAAAUGUAUGAUGUCUAGUAAAGAAAAAAAGCCUGUUCCAGGUUCCAAAGGCUAAAGAAAAAUGGCUGAUGGAUCACCCUUUUGAGAGAAGGGCAGGAGGGGAUCGAUGGAUUAUUUCAGAUAAAAAAAGAAAAACACAGGCGACCAGAUUUGGAACGAAGAACAACAUUCUCGUGUGGAGUUUAUAGUGGUAAUUAAAUUUGAUAGGUGAGCUAGAAUUUUUCCAGAAGUACGCAUAGUUUUCCAAAUUAAUCAACCCAAGCUAUUUCCCAAAUCGUUUUCACGGGGCUGAUUUUAUCGAAUUUUCUUUUGUUAUUGGUUAUCAAGUUUCCAUUUGUUAACCAACAGAUUUAUAGAAAAAAACCACCAUUGGCCUUGCACCAAAAAUUUGUGUAUAUACCCCACCGUCUGGCAAUGAAACAAAAGGUAUGUUCCCUUGCAGAGGCUAAAAAUCGCAAAUUCAGGUUGUUUUAAAGAUAGUCCUAUAAUCGUAUUAAAAAAAAAAAGGUGCAAGUGGAAUGUCAGAAGUCAGAGAUUUUUUUAUUUUCGAUUCUUAAGUUCACAAAUCCAUUCUCCGUAGUCCCUGAUCCAUAUUCCAUAUUCACCUAUAAUCUUUGCCGCCCAGGCAUGCGCACAAGAAAACUGCAUUAUGCAAGAGUUUUGCAAAAGCCGGGAAACAGAGCAGGUUGCGAGCGGUUGCGUGCUGGUUCAUUUCAUUCUAGGUCCCAGAGCUGCCAGAGCUGCCAGAGCUGCCGUCUAAGCCGAAAAGCUCGAAGCUCUGGGAACGAGCAUGGAACUGGUUGAGUCGAUUAACGGAAGAGCGAGUUAUCCUGUUGCCUGCGAAAUCGAAGUAAACGAAGUCCCCAGGAUGACUAGUAUAAAUACAGACGAAGAAGAUACAUUUCCAGUUCUUAAUCGAAGAUCGCCUUGCGUUCAUUCUAGCAGUCUUGUACGGUGCGAUUGCGACGAGGACUUCGAUGAUGAAGAUUCUCCACUCAUAUCGUACCAGAAUCAUUCUGAUGGAAGCGACAAUUAUCUGACGGACAUUCAUUGUCACGAAGCAAAGCCUAUCUAUUCAAACGCAAAAGCAAGGAGAAAACUAGUGGUUGCUAGCUUCGUUUGCCUUCUCUUUGUGAUCGCUGAAGUUGUAGGUAAGAUUUGUAGAUCAGAGUAAUUUGAUCAGUAGUCAACUACGGAGGUAUGAGACUGCAGGAAAGCCCAGCAUACUCUGAAUUUAAUUUUCUUCUCAUUGAACAAGCUUAACCAACGAAUAUCAAAACAGUGCAUUUCUUGUAUGCCUCAUUUGUUGAAGCUCAGAAUUAUUUUGCGCAAUAUCGCGCCUGAGAAAUAUUUCUCCACUGAAAAGCUGUUCCGAUAUUAAAACUUGCCCAGCCAAAUGUCUGAAAUGUCAGAUCAAGGUUAAAAAUAGAAGAGCACAUGGAAGCUUUUGCUCAUUUAAGUUUUGCAUAAUAAAUAUCAUCCAACGAGUGAUCGAAUUAAAAGGAAAAAUUCAGUAAUGUAAAAUUUGAUGCCUCUUGUAUGCUUUAGUGAUCGAACGUACAUGUGAUAAGCUUUACUUUUUCCUAGCUCUUUAUUGCUUCAUUUAUCGUAAACACGGCGAAUUUGUGUCAGGUUGCAAAGGAUCGUUUUGACAACCGGAAGAAAAUAAAUUGAUGUAUGACAUUAAAAUGUCUUUGAUGUUUAAUCAGUACCCGGAAAAUGAUAGAACUGGAGCUAUUGAUAGUAAAUUUAAUACGUCACUUAAACAAAUAGAUUCCAUGUUCCUGUGCAUAUCUGUGCAGUAAUGGGGAGCUUAGGCAACUACAAAGUAGUACGUUUCUUUGACGUCUACUGCACGACUACGACGUGAAACCUCUUAAUUGGACGUUUUAUGGGGAACGUGGACAUACGCUGAUGAAUUUUCCUUCCUCUUUUUGAACCUGAAUAAAAUCCUUAAGAAUUCAACUCCAGGAAAAGUCGCCUGCAUUUUACAUAUUGAGGGGGUCCAGAUAGAUGUGUUUAAGUCUGAAAGAACACAAAUUCAUUUUUUUUACCGACGUUUUCACUGCCGUCGUCAUCAUCCCUGCUUAAGGUCCCCAAUAGAUCACAGAUAAUGUCAAAAUGUGGUUAAAACAAAAAAGUGGCAGACGAGCUGCAGGUGAGUGUGUCACUGACAUUUUUACCUCAUUUUGACGUCAUCUGUGGUCUAUUACUUAACAGACCUACGGCAAAAUGGAAUCUAUUUGUUUUAUACAAUGAUCAGAAAAGAAAAAAGACAGAUACACAUACCUGCCUCGUACGGCUUGACUAUAAGAUAUAGAUGUAUUAAAAUAUUCAUAGCAUUGAAACAGUCAUAGAUAUCAACCAAAGUAAAAGAUGUAAUGCUCAAAGCAAUGGCAUGAAUGGAAAUAAUAAUAUUAUCUAUAUGAAAUGAAUCAUAUCUUGAACUGCGGAUAAAGAUAUGAAAGUGGAUAUGAGAGGAUCGUAAGGAUAUUUUAAUGUACCCUUACUACCCCAUUGAUUUUGUUUCAUACAGGUGGCCUGCUGGCUGGUAGCCUGGCUAUCAUGACAGAUGCUGCUCACAUGCUGUCAGAUUUUGCUGCAUUUCUUAUAAGUCUUUUUGCUAUUUGGGUGGCACAUUGGCUUCCGGAUAAGAAGAGAACAUUUGGUUACUACAGAGCAGGUAUAUUGAAAUUUGUAUACAUACUUUGUCUGCGAAAAACAGCCGUUUCUCCUUGCUCUGCACCGCUGGGAUGUUUUGCGCAGAGGAACAUCUGCAUCUCAGUGGCAGAAAUUGCAUACUGAUGACGUAAAUCAAUGUAAAACAUAAUAAAUCUGGUAGUCAUGGGGUUCCAAAUGCAAAUUUGUUCAAUUUUACAUUUUUCUAGGUUGGCAAAACUUAAUUACUUCUUCUAGAGAAAAAUUUAUUCCACAAAUAUUGACUAUUUUGUCAGAGAUUCAUUGCAUUUACAUUUGACCUUUGUGGCCUUUUGUCUUUUGUCUGUCAUUGGUGUACAAUAGCUAAAACAAUGUAACUACUCUGUAGACCAAUCAGUGCUUCUGACUGGAUUCCAGACAGAUUUUACAUCAUCAAUAUGGAAUUUCUGUUGCUGAGUCGUAGACGUUCCUCCUCACAAAACCUCCCCAGGGGUGAGGAGUGAGGGGAAAUGACUGUUUUCGCCGGCUAAUAAUUCAGUUGAACCUCCAUGAAGCAGCCACCAUUGGGGGACCAGGAAGUGGCCACUUAAUCCCUUUAAGCCCCAAUAUACAUGUACAAAUUCUCCAAACUGAUCUCUGUACAUUUCCUUUAAGAAUUAGUUAAGAGAAUUUGAUAAGAGAUCAAAGUAUUUUCUCUUAGGUGAUCAUUUUAUUAAUUAUUCUCAUAACCUAAUCUCAUGAUAAUGUAUGGAUAUUAAUUAUUAGGAAAAAAUUACUGUUGGUCACUAUUGGGACUUAAAGGGCUAAUGGACAUGGUUGCUUAUUAGGGGUUUGUAAUAAAUUGCAGUAAUAUAACAUCACUUUUAUUUUGAAAUAAACACGUGAUGGAAGCAGCACUACUGGUCCACAAUCAAUCAUCUCUUUUUACCUCGGACUGUAUUUUCCUUCACGAGAAAGCCAAACCAAGUGUAUCAAGUGCUUGAUAGCCCCUUAGUAAAGGUUACAACAAUGGAAGAACUCUCAUCAGAAUGGCCAAAAGAUGGCUGCAGCCACUUGCUGAAAGUGGCUGCUUAACUCGCCAUUUUCACAUAGACCAUAAUGCACCUUGUUUACCCCCCAAAUUUUGCAUAGCCAUUUUUUCCAAUAUCUCCUGGGUAUUAGGUAAUAGCAUGAUUUGUAGUGAUAUUUUGAAAUUUGAGAUCAUUUUGAAAUAUCACACGUGGUACAUUGUACAGUAGUUUGCCAAAUAUCAUGUACAAAUCAUGCUAUUAUUUGUUUAUACUACUACCCACAAAAGGUUUGUAAUUUUCACAUGUAGGUAUUUCAAAUCAAGCUGAAAUACCACUGCUCUAAGCCAAUCAAAUUGCAGAAAUUUCUCAUGUAGUAGNUAGGAAAAAAUUACUGUUGGUCACUAUUGGGACUUAAAGGGCUAAUGGACAUGGUUGCUUAUUAGGGGUUUGUAAUAAAUUGCAGUAAUAUAACAUCACUUUUAUUUUGAAAUAAACACGUGAUGGAAGCAGCACUACUGGUCCACAAUCAAUCAUCUCUUUUUACCUCGGACUGUAUUUUCCUUCACGAGAAAGCCAAACCAAGUGUAUCAAGUGCUUGAUAGCCCCUUAGUAAAGGUUACAACAAUGGAAGAACUCUCAUCAGAAUGGCCAAAAGAUGGCUGCAGCCACUUGCUGAAAGUGGCUGCUUAACUCGCCAUUUUCACAUAGACCAUAAUGCACCUUGUUUACCCCCCAAAUUUUGCAUAGCCAUUUUUUCCAAUAUCUCCUGGGUAUUAGGUAAUAGCAUGAUUUGUAGUGAUAUUUUGAAAUUUGAGAUCAUUUUGAAAUAUCACACGUGGUACAUUGUACAGUAGUUUGCCAAAUAUCAUGUACAAAUCAUGCUAUUAUUUGUUUAUACUACUACCCACAAAAGGUUUGUAAUUUUCACAUGUAGGUAUUUCAAAUCAAGCUGAAAUACCACUGCUCUAAGCCAAUCAAAUUGCAGAAAUUUCUCAUGUAGUAGUAUUACAACUGUAACACAGUGGAACCUUAUCAAUACGACCAUGAUUGGGCCACACAAAACAGGCUGUGCUCCCCCCACCUACCCGCCUGGGCAGGGAGGCUAAAAAUUGAAUCUGGUUAUAUAUGGAUCCAGAUCAUUUCUUUGUCGUGCAAUCUUGACAUGACACAAAUGUUAUGACUAUAAUUACAUCUUUUCAACUUUCUACUUUUAUAGAGUGUUUUCUCAUGACAUCACGGUGGCUAUAUUGGUGUCCCAGAACAAUGAAAUAGCCACCAUGUUGGUGUCCCAAACCAGUCCUCUGGGAGUUGAACUCUUUUCUUAUGCAAAUGCGUUUAUUUUCUUUUGUUGCAAUAAAUUUGCACAGAUGCUGGCCAUUUGAGUGAAAACGCUCUAUUAAUACCUUUUUGAACAAUUUUUCUGACACAUUUUUUCUUUCACUGUUUUCAGAGGUUCUUGGUGCUUUAGUAUCAGUACUUAUCAUCUGGGUUUUGACAGGAGUGCUGGUUUAUCUUGCUGUGCAGAGAGUUAUAAUGCAAGAUUUUGAUAUAAAUGCCGACAUCAUGCUCAUCACUGCAGGAAUUGGGCUUGGGGUAAACAUCUUGUAAGUAACUUGUCAGUCGCCUAUUAGAGAUGUACACUUUGUGUGUAAAUAAGCAACCAUCCUCCUGCCUUCACCAUUUGGGGUACCUGCCAAUUUUACUUCACAUGCCCUUCUACUUUGAGAGUUCAUGAAACUCCUGGAUACCCACCAUCUUUGCCCGCUGUUAAGGACGGAUGUAGUUUCUCAGGGGGCAAACAAGUGAUAAAAUCUGUCAGCAAAAGAAAUUAUGGUCGAGUUGUUUGUUCUAGACAGAAGAAAAUUAAGAACUUUAUAAUCUUAGAGAUGAUAAUGGUAAAUUAUGGGUGGAAGUGAUUGUUGUUACUUUUUGUAAUGCAGUAGUGACUGUAGAUGUCCUCAUAGCAAGCAAUAAUGACAUGAAACUUGUUGAAACUCUAAUAAUUAUUAUUGUACAUUUUGUGUGACUAUUUACUCUUUGUUUCAUUUUUAGAGAACAAAUAAACUUGACUGCAAUUACUCAUAUUGGUAGCUUUAUCACUUAAUUGCCCCCUGAAAUACCGCAUGACAUGGCUUUUAUCCCAUCAAUCCUAACCGGCAUGUAAAGGUGGUGUGUAUAGUGAAUAAUGUCUAGUGACUUGAUUUUCAGUAUUUUUGAAUACUUUGUUCUUACUGUUGCAGGCUUGGCAUAAUUCUCCACCAGACAGGAAUGGGACAUAAUCAUAGCCAUGGGAUGGGUGGUAGUCAUGGCCACGGCCAAGGCCACAGCCACAGUAACAACAAAGAAGAAUCUAUUAGAAGAAUAUCCAGAAGCAACAGCCUGCGUCAUUCAGAAAAACAGAACAUCAAUGUGCGAGCAGCAUUUAUACAUGUCUUAGGAGACAUUGUACAAAGUGUUGGUGUUCUUAUUGCAGCCUACAUUAUUAAAUUUAAGGUAAUUCAGAGAAUGUAGUGUUUUUAGGGUAUAGAUUGAUUGUGACACCUUAUGAACUCUUUUACAUAAGUAGAGUACGGAAGGUUUAUUCUGAUGUGUAAAAUAAUCAUUACAAGUGUGGUAUAUGCAUGUAUAGCUUUCCUGUAUAUAAUAUGCAAUUUAAUCUUUUGACUUUAUUGUAAGAUUUCAGAGUAAUAAGAGGUUUAAAUUUUGAAAAUUGCAUGCAAGGUUUCUUAAGCUAUUGGUAACAGUAGAGCAUUCAUUUGGAAUACCCUCAAUUUCAUCAGUGUGUCAAGUCAUUGCACUUGCGUAGCGAACUCAGAGGAUUGUUCCAGAUUUCUGGUAGUUGCCAUUAGGUCACCAGUUUCAGCCCCAAAAAUGAAAUAAACUCGAAACAAUGCAAGGAAACAAAGUCCAUAUGAGUGAUUGUGCUUUGAAAGCACUGGAACUAAGAACUUUGCAACUCUUUUAAGGGUUUUUACAAAGCCUUGCAGGGUUGUCGCUAAAAUUUCAAAUUGCUGGGUAUAAGCAAUUAGUAGUAGGGGUAAUGUACAGCUGGGAAGUUCUUUUGGCUCUCUUUCCUUUUGUUUCCUAUGAAAGUAGCAGGGGCUCACACUCAUAGUAGCUGGGGGAAAUCCCCGGCCCCCUAGCUCUUAGUGACAGCCCUGCCUCGGAAAAUCUUUGGAAAUCUUUAGGCUUCUUUGAUCAACCGGACCUCUGUGUGGAAUCCCCAGUGGUUGUCUUGAGAUAAAACCCUCUUGCAGCGCCGUAGCUAGUAUGAGGCCAACCGAGGCACUCGNAAGUGAUAAAAUCUGUCAGCAAAAGAAAUUAUGGUCGAGUUGUUUGUUCUAGACAGAAGAAAAUUAAGAACUUUAUAAUCUUAGAGAUGAUAAUGGUAAAUUAUGGGUGGAAGUGAUUGUUGUUACUUUUUGUAAUGCAGUAGUGACUGUAGAUGUCCUCAUAGCAAGCAAUAAUGACAUGAAACUUGUUGAAACUCUAAUAAUUAUUAUUGUACAUUUUGUGUGACUAUUUACUCUUUGUUUCAUUUUUAGAGAACAAAUAAACUUGACUGCAAUUACUCAUAUUGGUAGCUUUAUCACUUAAUUGCCCCCUGAAAUACCGCAUGACAUGGCUUUUAUCCCAUCAAUCCUAACCGGCAUGUAAAGAUGGUGUGUAUAGUGAAUAAUGUCUAGUGACUUGAUUUUCAGUAUUUUUGAAUACUUUGUUCUUACUGUUGCAGGCUUGGCAUAAUUCUCCACCAGACAGGAAUGGGACAUAAUCAUAGCCAUGGGAUGGGUGGUAGUCAUGGCCACGGCCAAGGCCACAGCCACAGUAACAACAAAGAAGAAUCUAUUAGAAGAAUAUCCAGAAGCAACAGCCUGCGUCAUUCAGAAAAACAGAACAUCAAUGUGCGAGCAGCAUUUAUACAUGUCUUAGGAGACAUUGUACAAAGUGUUGGUGUUCUUAUUGCAGCCUACAUUAUUAAAUUUAAGGUAAUUCAGAGAAUGUAGUGUUUUUAGGGUAUAGAUUGAUUGUGACACCUUAUGAACUCUUUUACAUAAGUAGAGUACGGAAGGUUUAUUCUGAUGUGUAAAAUAAUCAUUACAAGUGUGGUAUAUGCAUGUAUAGCUUUCCUGUAUAUAAUAUGCAAUUUAAUCUUUUGACUUUAUUGUAAGAUUUCAGAGUAAUAAGAGGUUUAAAUUUUGAAAAUUGCAUGCAAGGUUUCUUAAGCUAUUGGUAACAGUAGAGCAUUCAUUUGGAAUACCCUCAAUUUCAUCAGUGUGUCAAGUCAUUGCACUUGCGUAGCGAACUCAGAGGAUUGUUCCAGAUUUCUGGUAGUUGCCAUUAGGUCACCAGUUUCAGCCCCAAAAAUGAAAUAAACUCGAAACAAUGCAAGGAAACAAAGUCCAUAUGAGUGAUUGUGCUUUGAAAGCACUGGAACUAAGAACUUUGCAACUCUUUUAAGGGUUUUCACAAAGCCUUGCAGGGUUGUCGCUAAAAUUUCAAAUUGCUGGGUAUAAGCAAUUAGUAGUAGGGGUAAUGUACAGCUGGGAAGUUCUUUUGGCUCUCUUUUCUUUUGUUUCCUAUGAAAGUAGCAGGGGCUCACACUCAUAGUAGCUGGGGGAAAUCCCCGGCCCCCUAGCUCUUAGUGACAGCCCUGCCUCGGAAAAUCUUUGGAAAUCUUUAGGCUUCUUUGAUCAACCGGACCUCUGUGUGGAAUCCCCAGUGGUUGUCUUGAGAUAAAACCCUCUUGGUUGUCUUUGACUCUAGAAAGGUUGGCAUAUGCAAAGUUAACUGAUUUUCAUAAAUAGCUAUUGACAUUGUCCUAAAUGCUUUUCUGUUGUUGUAUUCAACAGCCAGAGUGGAAGCUUGCUGAUCCAAUUUGUACGUUUGUCUUCUCUUUGGUGGUUCUUAUAACUACAUUAAACAUACUUAAGGAGACGAUUCACGUCCUUAUGGAAGGUACGAGAUGACAAAAUAAUGUAUCACCGUGACGGCUGUGCUCUAGCAGGGCACAAUGGCCCCUGGCACCUAAGUUUUGCUCCAGGGUGACUGGAAAAUCUUAGUUUUUUUUUCAUAGAAAUCAUAUUAUAGGCACUGUGCGUUACACAGGUUUAGAGCACUGGGCUUCCUUCAGUUUUUCUUAGGGUACAGCCUUUAUCGCCUUUUCUGUAUAUAUCUAAUUGCUUUGAACUGAAUAGCAGUGAAUAUUCUCUUACUCUGACUUCAUUAUGCCUGUAUAGAUUUGACAUUAGGGAGCUUAAGCAACAACGUUGGCAACAGCUACUAAAACACUUGUCGGGCAAUUUUUCAGGUGCUGAAUUCUAAAGAACUAUAUUGAAGUUCAUAAAAACAGAAAGGAAGUUGUUGCCUUGUGGUCAUAAACUCCACAAAACAUGAAAUUAGGCACUUUCAUGUCGUGUUCAUGCAAUGACUUUACGCAGUUUUUGUUUUGCCAAUCUAAACCUAUUGCUUUUUUGCCAUUCUCAUUGCCACUGUCAUUUUUGUUUCUUAAGCACCCUACAGUAGCAUUUGGUAAGCUUAGUUUGCAGUAUCUUGCCUGUAAGAUGAUUCUGGGCAUAGUUACAUUAAAAAACAAAUAAAAAAGGAAACAAGUAGGUCAGAUGUUUUUGGAUAGGUGUCAGUGAAAUUCUGAUUAACUGCUUAUUCUCCGCACCAUUUCCCUUGUAUAUGCUUGCGAAUCAUAGGGAGAAUUCAAUACUAGAUCAGGAGUUUAUUCCAUGCACUUGUUGUAUUUAUUUAUUAAAUAUUGGUAUCUUUGUGAAAAUUAGUAUGGGAUUUUUUUGAUAGUAGACAAAACUUAAGUUCAUCUGAAUUUUCAAUUACAGCAGUUUUAUUAACAUUAUUUCAUUAUUAACAUUAUUUGAUUAGGGACACCAAAAGACAUUAAGUAUAACUCUGUCAAGAUGUCACUGGAGAGCAUCGAAGGUGUUGUCGCUGCACAUAGUUUACACAUCUGGUCUCUAACAGUCAACAAGGCAGCUUUGGCUGUACAUCUGGCCAUAGGUAUCUGAGUACUAAUAACAAAGUAUUGUGUGAAGGGGGUAGUUUAAUAAAUUUUAAUAAUUUAUUAUUGUUGUAGAAUAGGGCAUUUCCAAAUUACCACACGAGCACGCAGUCCUUUCAAUACCAAAUAACAGUCCCACUUGAAUAUCUCACAAUUUUGCAUAUUUAUGUGAAUGUUUCAAUAAUCAACCAAUCAAAAUCACUACUGUAACCCAGUUUUCUAGUAGAGACAUCACCAGACAGCAUUAGUGGCUAGGUGAUUGAGAUGUUUGCAAUUAGAGAAAGCUGAAAUUCAGGCUCUCACCAGCAAAUCAUAAGGAGAGGGAUUAAGAGUAGGUUGAGGGUUAAGUUACACAAUAUUCAAUUUGAUCUGUUUUGCUAGGCAUAAGUUUAAGAGACUCAUUAAGAUGCACUAUUUUAAAGAGGCCUGUAGCGACCUGCCGUGAGCUAUUGUAGAUUACCAUUUUCCACUUUUAUCUUCUCUUUUUACUGUUAUGAGUUUUGCUAAAUUACUUUUUAGGAAGGAAAUGUAACAAUGAUCAAGCUUUAGUAUAUAGAGAGUAUGUAAUAUAACUUUUGUUUUAGUCCUAUUCGAGUGUUAUGCGCAUUUGAUCAUGUCAAACAACAAAUAUUAUUAUUAUUAUUAUUAUUAUUAUUAUUAUAAAUAUUAUUAAGUAGUGCCUGGUGUUACUCUGUUUUACUGCUUUGUAUAUGUUUUGGAUUCAACCAUUUAUGACUGUAGAUUUUUCAUGACUCAACUUGGACAAAUAUUGCUUUCCACAGUUUUUGGAAAUAUACUCUUGUUAUCUUGUUACAAUUUCAGAGCAAGGGCAUGACUCUCAGAAAGUUCUCAACAUAGCAAACCAGAAGUUGAAGAAUGAGUUUCGCAUUUUCCACAGCACCAUACAAGUGGAACUGUACCAGGAAUCUGUCAUGACCAACUGUGUUGAUUGCCAAGACUUACAAGACUAGAUCCCAUGUUGGCAAAAUUUGACAUAUCUAAACCAGUUAAAGGAUCAUACACUGAAAGUUCAUCCAAGAAUCUGUAAAAGUUUUUAAGCAGUUCUUAGUAAGUUAUUAGUUGACAGGAGUAAUUCUUUCACAAGGAAUAAUUCAUUUAUGACUUUUUUAGCUAACACUGUAGGUUCUAUUGUGCCACAAAUGUAUCAAAAAAGUUUUUAUUGUUUACAAAAGUGAAUGCGGCUUGCUAACCUGAAAUGUAAGUACAGUGAGUAGGGCAUUCCAUGUGAUAAUAAGCUUGCAAGUGUAGUUUUUUAAGAGUUUUUAUCUUGAAAAGAUUGUCCUCAUAAUGACUUAAUAGGAGUAGUGUAUGAUCAGUGGCUUUGACAAGAAAGCUGCCAUAAGGUCAUAAUUUGAUAACUAGAUCAGUUGCAGUUGAACUAAUAUAUCAUAAAUGUCUGAGUAUCACUUUCAUACAUAGAAUUAUGCACUGCAUUUUAGGAGAGUGUUUAAGAGGUCAAGGUUACCGUGUUUUUUUCUACAAUACAUUUUCAAUGUAAUGCUAGAGCUGUAAAAUUUGGGAUCAUCAUAUGUUUCUGGCAAACUGUCCACCUACCCCUCCCCUAAGCCAACAUCAACAGUUACUUCUCACUUAGGGCAAAAUGUUGUUUUAGGGGAGGGGAAGGUGGGCAGUUUCCCAGAAAUGUAUAAUGAUCCAAAUUCAUAACAGUCGGCCAUUGGACCAUGUCCAGCAAAAUCCUCGUUGUGAUCAGACAUGAUGUCUGGACAGAUCAAAUACUAAUGACUCAUUAUAAAGUUGAAAGAUUUAAUAGUAUUUAAAAAAGUUGAAAGUCAGUGUUACCUAUGCCACCUGGUUUGUCUGACUAAAAAUAUUAAUAGGGAUGUUGUCGCACAGAAAAUUGUAGCCCUGAUAUCCACCAGUAACCCUUACCUCUCACAGGGUUGUCACUAAGAGUUCAAGUUGCCGGGUAAAUACAACAUGUAGGCGCGGAAUCAAACAGCAAGGGGUUUCUUUUGGUUCUAUUUUUCUUCUAUUUCCCUUGAAAGUAGCCGGGGCACACGUCCAUAGUACCCUUGGAAAAUCCCUGGCCCCUACCUCUUAAUGACAGCCCUGCUCUCAGAACUAAGUGUGCUGCCAAAAAAAGUACAUUAAUUUUGUUGUGCAUUCUAUGUCUGAAUGUGAAACUUGAUGAUCAAUACAUUCAUGAUUUACAAGAGAAAAUAGAGAAAUCUUAUCAAAAACGAAUAACAGACUGUUCCACAUUCUGGUGAACCAAGGCACAAACUUGAGGCUCGGGUGACAAAAAUGUAGCGAUUUGUGUGAAAUUGUCCACCCUAGUCUUGCCUUGUCUUUGUGUUUUUUCACUGGAACAGAAUAAGGGACAGGUCAUUUAUUUAUCAUUUUUUUUAAAUAAAAAUAAAUUAUAUGUAUAUGUAUAAUCAAGGCUAAUAAAC